ACGUCGAACUCGACCGUGGCCUGCAACAACUCCCCAGACCUGUGCUCCCGAAAUUACAACAACAUCACGCACAUGGGCGCACACGACAGCGCCUUCGUGCGGGACUCGAGCACGGGCAACUCGAUAGCGGGCAACCAGUACUUCAACGCAACGGUGGCGCUCUCGGCGGGCAUCAGGCUGCUAUCGGUGCAGGUGCACAACUCGAGUGGCACCCUGGAGCUCUGCCACACGGUGUGCUCGCUACUGGACGCGGGCUCCCUCGAGAGCUGGCUCCAGAAGAUCAAGUACUGGAUGGACAACAACCCCAACGAGGUCGUGACCCUCCUCAUCGUCAACUCGGACGACCUAGACGUCUCGGCCUUUGGCGAGGUCUUCACCUCGUCCAACAUUUCCACGUACGGAUACACGCCCUCGACCUCCUCGGGGACGACGACCUGGCCCACGCUGCAGACCAUGAUCGACGACGGCACGCGCCUUGUCACCUUCAUCGCCGCCAUCAACGCCUCUACCACGUACCCGUACCUGCUGAACGAGUGGGACUACGUCUUCGAGACUGCCUACGAGAAUACUCAGUACACCGAAUUCAACUGCAGCCUCGACCGGCCGUCGACCCUCUCCUCGGCCAGCUCUGCCAUCUCCGCCGGCUACUUGCCCCUCAUGAACCACUUCCUCUACAUCUCCAUCACCGCCAGCGCCAUGCUACCCAACGUGGGCGCCAUCAGCGUCACCAAUAGCGACAACACCACGCUAGCCGGCGGUCUAGCCUACGAGGCCUACAGCUGUGCCGACGAGUGGGGCACCCCUCCCGUGUUUGCCCUGGUCGACUUUUACAGCGAAGGGCCCGCCGUAGACACCGCCGACUUGAUCAAUGGCAUCACCCCGACGGGCAGG